AUGAUGUCUAUUUCGUCCUUCGUUCAGAAGGCUUCGUCGCUGAUUGAUUCGGCGAAUUUCGCCAUUCCUUCGCUCUCGUCAAACGACAGCAGUCCCUCCAAAGCUGCCCUCUUUCGUCAGCAGUUUCGUCUUCCCGACUCGCAAAAUCCAUUGCAAGAGAUUACAGCCGAGUUGAUCCUCCCGCUACCUGCCAAUUCUUCUUCAGAGCCCGUGGAUGGAUCUCGCCGCGUCGACCGGCCAGGAAAUCGCUACACCGGGCGUUUGCAUCUGAGCGAGCGUUUCAUUUGCUUUUCAACACAAGCGACUAGCUUCUUGCCAUCGUCAACCUCGAGCGCGUCAACGAGUUGGACUGGACAGACACAUGGAACAGGGCCCUCCGGCAACGGCUUCACCCUGCCACUCUCCUCGAUCAGAAGGGUUGAAAGACUGCACAGCGCUCGGGAAGUGUUCUCCCUGGCAUUGACUACCUGGAAUGGCAUGCUCAAUAAGACACAAGAGCCCAACUUCUCCCCCCAACGGUUGAUACUACAACUUAUCGGAAGCAGACAAGCAUGCGAAAAAUUUUGUGACUGCCUAAAGAAGGGCCUGCGGGAGGGUAUGAAAGAGGUCGAUAAUUUGCGAAGCGUCGUCUCAGAUUGUUACUCGGAAUAUUUGCUUUCUGGGACGAAAGCGAAAGAUGCCGCGGACGGCGAAGGUCGUCAGCCGCCUGAUGCUGGGCUUGGCAUGUUGUUCCGAUAUCCGGGGGACGCCCGGAAGCUGCGCGACCGUAGCAAGAUGAGGCUUUGGGGGGAAUACUUCCGAGAAAAUGGAAGGAAUGCUACGCUUGUACGACAACCAACGUUUCAUAAACUCAUCCGAGUUGGCUUGCCCAACCGUCUGCGAGGGGAGAUAUGGGAAUUGACAUCUGGGUCUAUGUUCCUACGCAUACGGUCGCCCAAGCUUUAUGAAGAAACACUCACCAAAUUCGACGGUCAAGAAUCUUUAGCUAUUGAUGAAAUUGAAAAAGACUUGAAUCGCAGCCUGCCAGAAUACCCAGGCUUUCAGAGUGAAGAGGGCAUCGGCCGCUUACGGCGAGUCUUAACGGCAUAUAGCUGGACCAAUGCUGAAGUUGGCUAUUGCCAGGCCAUGAACAUUGUGGUCGCUGCACUGCUGAUAUACAUGUCCGAGGCCCAGGCUUUCUUUCUCCUCUCCGUUCUUUGCGAUCGCCUUCUCCCAGGCUACUACUCGACGACAAUGUAUGGGACGUUACUUGAUCAAAAAGUCUUUGAGUCUCUGGUAGAAAAAACAAUGCCCGUUCUUUGGGAACAUCUCACCAAGUCUGACGUUCAACUUUCCGUUGUCUCUCUGCCCUGGUUCCUCUCCCUAUACAUCAACUCGAUGCCUCUUGUCUUCGCUUUCAGGGUUCUUGAUGUCUUCUUCUUGGAGGGACCCAAAGUGCUGUUCCAAGUCGGCCUUGCCAUUCUUCGCAUCAACGGCGAGGAGCUACUGGAUAUCCAAGACGAUGGGUCUUUCAUCUCCGUUUUGAAGUCUUAUUUCUCCCGCCUCGAUGAGUCGGCGCACCCAAGAUCAGAGAAUCCAAAAUUGCGCGCCAUUACCCGAUUUCAAGAAUUGAUGGUGGUCGCUUUCAAAGAAUUCUCUGGCAUUACACACAGUACCGUCACCGAACAGCGCGAGAAGCACAAGGACGCAGUACUCAACAAUAUCGAAAGUUUCGCCAAGCGCACUUCAAUACGCAACCUUGGUCCUGAAAGUAAGCGCCUGAGCGUCGACGACUUGGGUACUAUCUAUGAUAGGUUCUACGAAAUUCUUUAUCAGUGGCAACAACAACAGAAACUUGCGGAGGAGGAGCGCCAACGCAAUGAGAAGAAAAGGUCUCAGCGACAAUCUGUUCUUGGGCCACCAGUGGACAGACAGAUCGGACGUGUGGGCUUGGGACCUAGCCCUACUCACAUGAAUUACGAUGCUUUCCGGGACUUUAUGGCUGCGACUUCGAAAUGGGCCGCAUCUGAUUCUCCUGCUCCGUCGAGGCAGGACUCGUCGAAAUCAGGCAGCAUGAGAGGCAACACAAAGGCUUUAUUAUGGGCUAAUAGACGUCAAGCUGCCGACCAUGAGUUCUUGCAACGGUUGUACCGCAAGUGGGCGACUGACCCCGAGGAAGGGUUGAGCCUGCAAAACGUCGUCAACGGCUUAGCCCGUUUGAAGGGUGCUCCAGACAUCAUGAACAAUAUCAAUUACUUCUUCGAUCUCUACGAUGAUUCUGGCAAUGGGCAGGUCGACCGUGAAGGCAUUCUCAAAAUGUCAGAGGCGCUGCUGUUCCUGUCUCGCCGAGGAUUUGAGGGUACUAUCACAGCCACUUCUUCGUUGGAGGACGUCAACAGUUCUCGAGCCAACGAUCAAGCUGAACAAAACAGAUUGACGACCGACGAGAAGUUCCUUGGCAGUGUAAGCGCCUUUAUUCGUCGAUGUUUUGAGUAUGCCGAUCCCAGUCAUGCGGACAAUCAAAGAGCUGCCUUCCCGGCGGACACUGAGCAAAUGACGGAGAAGCUUGAUGCUUUUGCAAUCGGGGAUGAUGAUGAUGAUGAGGAAGACGAAGGAGAAGAGGAUCUUAUCGAUAUCAAUCACGAUGGCGAGUCAAAGGCCACGCAGGCGCAAGCGACCACCCCCAAGUCUCCUCAAACAAUUCAACAACGCCGACCACUCUCUGAGUCUGCAAAUCCAGCUCUGGACCCAAAUAACCCGCUACACAUUACUCUCCCCACAUUCCGAAUGGUCGUCUUAGCUGAUGAGCUUCUGGAACAAUUCUUCGAGUCCUACUUCCCACAAUCCUUCCAUCUCUCUGACCAUCCACACCCCGCAUCCGUUGCUGCAUCGUCAUCUCUUUCUUCCAACUUGACCACAUUCUCUAAUAUCGGCCGUCCCUCACCUCCUGUUGGCGCAGGCGUCUCAGUUGCGGGCGCAUCGGGCGGCAUCGUACCACCUGGAAAGGGUCUUCGUGGUGUUCUCGACAACAUCGUCACCGAUGGCAUUCGCAUGGCAGCAGAGGUCAAGAAGCGCAUGGACGAGGCGCAGCGUGACCUCGAACGGAACGCUUUGAGCCACCGUGAUGAAGAUGACGACGAGGAUGAUGAGGAAGAUUAUCCUUCCCAUCAAGGCGCGUCUGCCGCUGUCAUGGCUGGUGGUAUCUCCAGUUGGGGUGCCGGCGCAUAUGGUCCAGAUCCCGAACGCCGUAGCGUCCGUGAUGCAGAUCGUGACCUCCUAGAAGGAGCCGAGGCCGAUGUCAUCAGCAUCCGUCCUACCAAAGACGAAAGAUCGAGUGGAGAUAGUCAUGGUGCACGGCCGCCGGUCGCUCAGGACACAGAAGUCGUAAGUAAGGUUGUGGAGUUUGAAAGUUAG